AUGCAAUGGAGAGUAAACACCAAUACCUUUGGCUUUGAUGUCAAUGUCAAAGAAAGGCCCCCUACGCGGAGAGGUAUCUUGUCCAUUAUUGGAUCAGUGUUUGACCCCUUUGGUUUCGCUGCACCAUUUGUCCUUACAGCCAAGAAAAUUCUACAAGACCUUUGCAAGAUGAAAUUGGGCUGGGACAAGGAAAUACCUCUAGAGUACAAUGUACGUUGGCAAAAAUGGCUUAUAGACCUUCCUAUGCUGUCAAAGCUUGCGAUCGACCAUUGUUUUAAACCAGCCAACUUUGGGACCAUUGCUUAUAGCCAGUUGCACCAUUUUUCAGACGCUUCAGAGAUUGGUUUUGGUUCAGUAUCUUACCUGCGCCUGGUUGAUAUCAACGAUAGAGUCCAUUGUGCCAUCCUUCUAGGAAAGUCACAGCUUGCACCUUUGAAGAAAUUUACUAUUCCUCAGUUAGAGCUUUCAGCAGCAACAGUGUCGAUGCGGUCAGGCAAAGCCAUAAAGAGAGAGCUAGAACUCUCGCUUACCGAGCAGUGUUACGUUAUGUGA